AUGGAUAUGGAUGGACAAGGGACAAGGGUCAGGGACAUGGUAUGGAGAAGACAAAGUUGGGAAGGACUUUUCCUGGUGAACAAGGGGGUCACCAUCAAAUUGACAUGGGUCGGGGAUCACGGCAGGGGUGCCAUCGGGUGGAGUGGAAAGACUAGGGUAGGGGGAGGGGUGGAAGACCUGUAG